AUGAUUCUACUGUUCGCAAAAUUCGUUUACAAAUCGCCGGAGUAUGAUAUACUGCUGUACACGAAUAUCGUGGAUCGGCUGAUUGUGCUUGGUUAUCCGGAACAGCUACGCCAGUUCUCUUACGAACACGAUUUCGCUAUUCGCGGUUUAUGGUUCGACCGAACGUAUGGUAACUUACUGAAAGUGGAUGGAUUUGGUAAUAUAUUGGUCGGUGUUCACGGAUAUGAUUAUCUCCAGCCGUGCGCAUUUCUCGCCCGUAUUCGGAUAAAGCUGCGGAUCAGUUCUGUACCCAAUUUCAGCGGUCUGGACAGAAAAGGACGUGAUCCUACGUCAGACAUUCGAAGGCACUAUCCAAAUAAAUUUUUGCCACUGCGACAUCUCGAUAGGGUGCUAGUAAUGAAUUCGCUGUUCGAUAUGGCGCAUACGUAUGUGCUGGCAACACUUGUUCACUACUUUGACCAUCACAAGAGCUACGUUCGACCAGUUUGCUCGCUGAAACAGCUAAUGUUUCUAAAAAUACCCAUUGAAGUUACAACAGGCUCGGCAAUGCCAAUUUUGUUCUGCGAAAACGUAUGUUUCGUUCAUCGGCCAAAUUUUAAAACAACGAAUGGUUGCAGGACUAGUGAUGAUACGGGCGUUCAGUCCGGGGAUACAAUUAUAUCAUAUAAAUCGCUUGCCGAAGAUGUCGCAAAUGCUGUAAAUUAUGUCCACAACGAUGUAAACAGUUAA